AUGUUUUUGAAUGUGAACGAUAAAAAACAGUUUCCUAGGUUUAACUUCCCUAAAUUCAAAAAUUCAAAAUACACAGAGAGAGAGAGAGAGAGAGAGAGAGAGAGAGAGAGAGAGAGAGAGAGAGAGAGAGAGAUGAGAGGAGGAGCCGCCGGGAAGAGAAAACCGACAGGAGGUUUCGCUGGAGCACCAUCACCUUCUCUAGAUUACCAGCGUCAACUCUUCAAGUCAAGAGACUCCGACGCCAGUUUCGCCAGCAGCCAUCAGUCAUCCAUCGGUAUAAGCACCAAUAACAGAUCUCACCAAUCCGAUACGAUCCGCUCCAUCAACGCCUUCCUCGCAUCUCACGGCUCACCGAUCUCGCUCCGCGCCCACCCCGUCCCUCCCGCCAAAGACAUCUCCGAAACCCUAGUCUUCACCCUCUCCACCGUCGAUUUCCACUGCGACGACGCGCGCAGGUGGGACGAGGACCUCGUCUUCUUCCUCAGAUCGCUCAACUGCCCCUUCAAGCUCACCAAAUCCACCCUCCGCGCUCCGAACUCGCCUCACAACUGGCCUAACGUCCUCGCCGCGAUCGAGUGGCUGGUUCAGUACGCUCGUUUCCGUCACCACUUGUCGUCGGAUCAUCCAACAUCGGACCUGGAUGCUAACUCCAUGUCCACGUUCGGGAUCAGAAGCUACUGUUACUUCAUCCGCGGGGAAGACGAUCUGGUUAACGAUCUCGAUUCGGAGUUCUUGGGGAAGCUCGAAGCGGAGAAGGCUAGCAUCGCCGAGACGAUCUCUGGCUCUGAGAAGAUCGCUGGCGAAUUGGAGGCGAGGCUCGAUGCGAUGAGGAGAGGUCCCUCGAGGAAAGAGGCGUUGGAGAAAGCUAAGGCUGAUUUGGAGAAAGACGUGAACAAGUUUCGGACGAUGGUUGUGGAGCGCGGCGAGAGGAAUCGAGGGAUGGAGAAGGUGGUGGAGGAGAAGGAGAAGGUGGUGGCGGCUAAGGAAGAAGAGAGGGGAAGGAUUUUGGAGGAGAAUGAGGAGGUGAAGAAGAGAGUUGAGGUUCAGUGUUUUAAUGUGAGGGACGUUGAGAGGAUGAAGAGAGAGUUGCGAGCUGUGGAGAGAGAUGUUGAGGGAGGUGAGGUUGGGAGAGAUGGUUGGGAGCAGAGAGUUUGGGAGGUUAAUUCGAGGAUUGGGAAUCAGUUUCAUCAGAUUCAGAGGCUUGCUGUUGAUUGUAACCAAGCUCUGAGGAGGUUGAAGGUUGAUGUUCAGUUCGCUGUGAGCGAGAGUGGGAAGGUACCUGAAGAGGUGAUGGGUGUGGAGUAUAAAGUUCUGGUGAAGCCAGCUCUGUGUUCGUUGUAUGAUGGUAUCAAAGAAGGGUCGACGAAGAAGGCGGAGGAGCUUGUUUACUUACAGCAACAGGUGUCUGAAAUGGAGUCGAAGAUCGAGUCAAGAAAGAGUCUUUUGAGGUCGAAUCAGUUGCAGAUCAACGAAGCUGAAGAAAAGAUGAAGCUAGCGAAGAAGGAAACUCAGGACUUGGCUUCAAACUGCGACUUGGAGGCGAAAACAAUGGCGGGGAGUGUGAAAACGGAGGAGACGAAUCUGGAGGCUGUGGAGAAAGAAGCUGCGGAGAUGUUGAAAGGUUCGGAGGUUAGAGUGGAAGAAGCAGUUAAGCAGAGUGAAGAGGAGGUCCAAGCUGUUGCCGGUCAACUCUUUGCGCUUAUCGAUUCGAUAUCGAAACAUAAAGAGUAUAUGGAUUCGAAGAUCUUAGAGGUGAAAGCUGGUGUUGCUGAUACCGCCAGUGCUGUUUCAGAGAUAUAUAAAGGGAGCCUUAAAACCACCUUGGUGGUUAAGUAGCUUAGCUAGAGAUUAAAUGAGACACAUGGAAAACGUGGUUGCUUUGAGUAUUAGCGUUUACAAUGGUAUGUAUUUGUUAUAAUCCUCGUGAUGUUCAGAAAUCUUCAGAUUAUGUAUUAUAAAUUUAUGAUUUAUCA